AUGUCUUCUCGCGACGAGCGAAAAAGCGGGCGUCACCGCGAUGCCAGUCCAGAGUAUGCAGAACGCAAACGAAAGCGCGAUGACAAGACUGACAAGAAAGAAAAGAAGGAGAAGGACCGCGGCCGCAGAGAAAAGGACCGUGACGGCCGUGACGGCCGUGACGGCCGCGACGGGCGGCUGGACCGCGACCGCGACCGGGAUCGGGGGGAUCGGGGCGAUCGCGACCGGGAUCGAGAAGAUCGGAAGAGAAGGUCAGACAGGUCUCCGGAGCCACCAGCUUCACCUCCGAAGGUUGCAAAACCUGCAACUAAUUGGAGAGAAGAGGCAGAUGAGGGCGAGGAUCUCCGUGCCCACUCGGACGACGAGGAAGCCGCUGCACGGAAACUGGAGGAAAGCCGCAAGCGCCGCGCAGCGAUGAUGACGCAGGCGAAAGAAGAGAAAGCCGAGAAAGCUGAGAAAGCAGACAACAACAAAGUUGACGCCCCUGAGGCAAGCAGGACAUCUGACCGCGAACCAGCAGUGGAUUCCAAUGGCAGAGCUGCAGGCUCCGGCGAAGGAAAUGAGGAGGCCAAAAAGGAUCAUGACGAUGGUGGUGGUGACAUGUUUGACUUGACACAGGACGCAAAAGAACUGAAGGCUGGCCAGAAGCGCACACAGAACAUCGCUACCACAGGUGCAUCGACUGAGGACUGGGAUGAUGAAGAAGGCUACUACGUGGCCCAGGCGCGACAUGGCGCGACAUGGCGCGACAUGGCGCGAUGCGCGACACGCGACACGCGACCAAACAUUCACAUCAUUCACCUUGAAAUUGGGGUAUGCCACGGUAGCAGUUAG